AUGGGAAAUGUGCAGACAUAUAUUCUGUGGGAAACUCAACAAGCAUUGGAGAAUGAGAAGGAGAAUGAGAAGGAGAAAAUUAAAUCCAAAUAUGAAGGUCUAGGUACGUGGAUGGUAAGAAAUGGUAUCCCUGAAGAAGUGAAGACAGAAGCAGUGAAGAUCAUAACAGAAAAGGAAGUAGUGGAGCAAAACUACGAUGCUGAUUUGGACUUGGUUUUUGUUUUCAAUGCUCUUACUGGGGAUGACAACCGGGAUAUCAGGCGUGAUUUGAAGAUGCAUUUGUGCCGAAAGGCCCUACUGAAAGUUUUCAUCCUUGAUGAUUUUCUUCCAGUAGUGAUAGAUGCUCUCGAGCCAGUAAUCUACAAGGAGAAUAGCCACGUGGUUAAAGCAGGAGAGUCAAUUGAUAGAAUGCUCAUCAUCACAGAAGGCGUAAUUGUCUGUACAGACAACACCAGAGCUAAUGUUGCACCUGAAACAGGCACCUCAUCCACAAUGAAAAUCCCUAAAUCACGUUUUGAGAAAGGUGAAGUUUAUGGAGAAAAACUUCUGACUAUCGACGAGAACGACUCUAUUCCUACAUCAGCCCAAGAUGUUAAGUGCGAAAGCAAAGUAGAAGCCUUCGCUCUCUCAUGCAGAGCUUUUAACUCCAAAGACUUAUCCGACUUGCUGCGGCGGCCUAAGUCCCGUACGUCGGCAGUGCAAUCAGAUGGAUCGAAUGAUCUGGAGCUAGUAAACAAGGCAUAUAGGGAGUUGACAACUACAAGAUCAGAGAAGUUAAAGCAAAAACAGAUGAAGAUACUUGAGUGGCUGUCAAGAAACGUCCGGGGCGACGAUCUGAAGACAUUGGUCAUGGAACACAUGAAGGCUAGUAACGUACUGGAAAAGAACUUGGAUGCUGAGGUGGACGUGAAGUAUCUGUUCUCUGUUGGUCUUUCCUGGGAUAUUGAAUAUUGUAUAAAGAAGCAGAUCUGCAUCAAUUCUCUGUAUCAGGUUCCUGUACUUUACGACGUUGAUGAAGACUUGUUGAGUCGCAUCUGUAUGUCUCUUGAGCCGCUGGUACUCCCCGAGCAUAGCUGCAUUUUUUAUCCAUUUAACUCAAUUGAUCGGAUGCUCAUCGUUGUAGAAGGUGAAAUUACAGUGACCAAGGAGACUUACAAUUACGGAAGUAUAGUAACGAAGAGAGGCGAUGUUGAAAAAAUAAUAAAGAAAUUCGAUGUCAUUGGGGAAGAGCUUCUGACUUUGGCAUUCCCCAUCGUCUCUGAGUCGUCCAAUUCUAAUUUUGUCGAUUGUACUACAAAAGUAGAAGCAUUUGCACUGACAAAGGAGGGCUUGGAAAGUGUGGUCGCCCACUUUAGGGAUGGAAUCAACAAGUUUGAGCAGUUGGAGAAGGGCAGAGAUGGUGUGGCUGAUACUGAGGGUGCAUCCAGAUCCACUACUACUAUUGACCAGAGACUUGACCGGCUUAUCCAGCUCCAGAGUGACAUGGUUCAACAGCAUCGUGAUGAAAUGACUAAUCUGGGACGGAGAUUGGAUGAGAUGGCUGCAUUUUUAUCCAGAUUGGGAUAUCCUGCAGGCACAUCUCCUCCUCCUGCAGUUUGAACAAUUAAAUUCUCUUGUUGCUUAUCAUUGUAUAAUUAGUACGUAUUACAAUGUGUGGCUUUCAAUGACCACCUCCAUGUAUGCACUUCAGGCUCUCGUCUCUGUAUAUAUUAAUUUUUUACUGUACCAGCUAAUUUGUACUCCAACAAAAGCAGAUGGAAGGC